AUGUCUGGCCUCAAGCCGGGAGAUUCGUUCCCUGACGACGUCGUCUUCUCAUACGUCCCCUGGACGCCGGAAAACGCGGCGAUUACCUCGUGCGGCAUCCCGCAGAACUACGCCGCCUCGAAAGAAUGGAAGGACAAGAAGGUCGUGCUGUUCGCAGUGCCCGGCGCCUUCACACCCGGCUGUUCCGCUCGCCAUCUGCCCGGGUACAUUGAGAAGCUGGAUGAGAUUAAGGCCAAGAAUGUCGACAUCGUGGCCGUGCUCGCGUACAAUGACGCGUGGGUCAUGAGUGCCUGGCAGAAGGCGAAUGGGAUCAAGAACGACGACAUUCUCUUCCUCAGCGACCCCGAAGCGAAGUUCUCCACGUCGAUCGGCUGGAACCUCGGCGAAAGGACUGCUCGAUACGCCAUCAUCAUCGACCACGGCAAGAUUGUAUAUGCGGAGAAGGAGCCUGGACGAGACAUCUCGAGGCUCGGCCGUCUCGAUUCGCUUUGCCGAGAGUCAGGGUUCUAA